GUAGUGGGAGUGAGGGAGAGGGGAGAGAGAGAGAAAAAUACAGGCAGAGGGUGGUAGGGAUACACCGGGCGCUGAGUGUAUGCUGUUAUCUGACACAUUCCAACGGUAGGGAUCGCGGCAUGGAGUGUAUCACAGAUGGACUCAAAACUGUUAAAAUGUCGUCAGAAUCUGAAGUACACCAGACAGAGCUAUUGAAUGAACAGCAUGUAGCAAAGUCUGAAAGUAGUUCCAUGUGGCAAGUGACCGACGUGACCCGUCUGCGCCGAUUUCUCUGUUUUGGUUCUGAGGGUGGGACGUACUACAGCAGUGAGGAAAAACUUAAGAAAGAAAACGCUCAGGCCAUAAUGAGAUUAAUAGAAGAAGGUAAAGGGACUGAGGUUGUCCAUGAAAUAAAGACUUUUGGUAACGAAGGCAAAACAGUCAUGCAAGAACCUAUUUUGUUUGCUUUGGCUGUUUGCACACAGUGCUCAGAUGCUUCCACAAAACAAGCUGCAUACAAAGUUCUGGCUGAAAUCUGUCGUAUUCCAACCCAUCUAUUCACGUAUAUUCAGUUUAGAAAGGAUCUCAGUGGAGGGAUGAAAUGUGGUAUAUGGGGAAGAGCCCUGAGGAAAGCAGUGGCAAACUGGUACAACAGUAAAGAUGGGAUGACUAUCGCUAUGGCAGUUACGAAGUAUAAGCGGAGAGCAGGAUGGUCACAUAAAGACUUGUUUCGGUUGUCACAUUUGAAGCCAGCUAAUGAAGAUCUCACUUUGGUCACUAAGUAUAUUAUGAAAGGUUGGAAGGAGGUAGAAGAAACCUACAAAGAUAAAGACAACUCUGAUGGAAUCCAGCGGUUAUUGAAGUACUUCGGAGUUCUGGAGAGAAUAAAAAUUACCCGAGAUGAGCAUGAAGUUGCUCGACUUAUUGAAGAGUACAGGUUGGUCAGGGAACACCUACUGACUAAUCAUCUGAAGUCACAGGAGGUGUGGAGGGCAUUAUUGAAGGAUAUGCCAGUUAUUACAAUGCUUAAAAAUUUGGGAAAAAUGACUACAGACUCUAUUCUUAAACCAGGAAGUGAAGAGGUUACCAUGGUUUGUGAAAGAUUGAACAAUGAGACUAUCUUAAAGAAGGCUGGAAUCCAUCCAUUUCACAUUUUGGUGGCUCUAGAAACAUACAAGGGAGGAAAAGGAAACCGAGGAAAGCUAAAGUGGCAUCCUGAUCCAGAAAUUUUAUUAGCACUUGAUAAGGCAUUUUAUAAAGCUUUCAAGAAUGUGGAACCAACUGGAAGGCGCUUUGUUUUGGCCUUAGAUGUCAGCACUUCCAUGUGCAGUCAGGUUCUAGGAUGCAGAGCACUUUAUGCUUAUAGUGUUGCUGCAGCUAUGUCAAUGGUAGUUGCACGCACAGAAACCAAUUUUACAAUAGUUGCUUUCUCUGAUGAAAUGGUUCCAUUACACAUCACUUCAGAAAUGACAAUGGAUGAAGUAUUUACUGCCAUGCGUGCGGUUCCCUUUGGUGCCACGGACUGUGCUCUCCCCAUGUUAUGGGCUAAUAAGACAAAAACUGUUGCAGACGUGUUCCUUGUCUUUACUGAUAAUGAGACAUAUUAUGGAAAUAUGCAUCCAGUAGAUGCUUUAAGAGAAUACAGAAAGAACAUGGGCCUUCCUGCCAAAUUGAUUGUCUGUGGAUUGGCUUCUAAUGGUUUCACCAUUGCCGACCCGGAUGACAAAGGCAUGCUGGAUAUUUGUGGCUUUGAUUCUGGGGCUCUGGAUGUCAUUCAAAACUUUGCAUUGGAUUUGAUUUAAAUAUUGGAAGAAAUCGUUGAAUUAUUUAGUCAGAAAGUAAUUACUCAUCAGGUUUCUAGGACUGCAUAAAUGAAACACACACGUUAUGGAUUGCUAAGUUCUUGGUAGAGUGCCUGUUUGAAUUAACAAGACACUAUAAAUGGCAUGAUCUGUAAUUGGAUUUCAAGAAUGUUCUGCCACAGCAAAUUGUUUUAAUUAUAGUUUGCUUUUGGCUGUCUGCUGUGGAGGCAUUUAUAACCUCAACUAGAAACAUCUAAGUAGAGCGGCAACCAAAGUUGUGCUCUUUUUGUUUUCAUUCAGUGGGUUUACAUAAGACCAUACUGACAGUAAAUAGAUUAUAUAAAAUAGUGGAGAACUCUUUUUUGAAUUGUAAUCUUUUACUGUGAACAGGUUGACAAGAGUUGAGGUGUUAUAAUCAUGGAAAUGGAUGAAGUUUUUGAGAAGAAUUAGGUCACAAGAAUAUUCUGAGACAAGAAAUAUUUCUGAUACAUUGUACUCUGUAGUUCUUUUAAUAGCAGUUACAUGAAAAGAAUUUAUAAAGGAUGAAAUGGGCAUUAAAGCCAGGGUGAGAAUAUAGUAAAUUGGCGUUUAUUAUAGGUGGAUUGUGAUAAAUAAAUUAGACUAUAAAUGGUAAACCUAUGUGUAAGUAUGCUACUACUUUUCCAAGUUUCUGUUAUUCAACUGUCAGAUGGUUUUAAAGGACAGCCAUAAGUGUCAUAUCCACAAAAAUAAAUUCUCCUUAACACUCACCAGCAAUUUCUUUUCAUAUAUAUCUUAGACUUUAGUAGCUGCUGUCAGUGAGGGUUUGGGAAAAAGCAAGUUGGAGAUAUAUUGAAAAUUAAGGUAACUCCAUGAGAUGAAGUUAACGAUAAAAUAUCAUUUUGCAGUAAGUAGUGUCAUUUCAGUUUCACGAUAGUUCACUUUAAUGACUGAUGUGUUCUAGUCUAUCUCAUGUAUUAAUAAUUUUCUAGAUGGUAUUAAGUGUGGAGUCCAUAGCAAACAAUGAAUUUAAGCCGGAGUAUUAGUCAUGCAGGUAACUUUGCUGUUCUGAUUCAGCCUUUUGGAUUUUGAGGGUUCAAUGCAACAUGAUCUUAAUUGAAAAUAAUAUCUAUGUGAACAGUUAAAAAUUAUCCUUGAGCUAACGCUUCAAAAAUCUUUGGUUGUGAACAAUCCAAUGUUUGCCAGCUGACAUGAUUUUUAUGAUUUAUGAGUGUAAGCUAUUAUAAGCAUGUACUUGGUGUGACAUGGAACUCCAAACCUUGCUACAGUGGUGUGUUUUUGAAAGAACAAAAUGCAAUAUUACAUUGUUUUACAUGUAAAGCAGAGGCACUGGGGGCUUGUAUGAAGAUGCUAAAAUUUCCAUAAGAUAAAAAUUGGGUUGGGAAAGCAUUAAAUGUUUUCAGCAGAAUAAUCUUUUGAUAACUUGAAACUAUCAAACCCUGAAAAUAUUGACAAAUUUGUUUAUUUUCAAACUAGAAUCUUGUGCAAUUAUCCAUUAGGUUAUAUGCACCAUUCUUUCGGGAACUUCUAUAAAUGAUAUUUUUCUUCUCCUUUUCUCCUAAAAUCAGUUCCUCUUGUAUGUUCCCCCCAAUUCCCUCCAGUACUGGAACAAAGGGAUAUUAGUUAUAUGUACAUCUGGAAAAUGUGCGUAUUCUGAUUGUUUUGUCGGGGACUUUGCAGGCAAGCUUGAUUGCCAUGCUGAUUUGAUGUCUCUAUGCAUGUAUAAAACUAGCAAAGGCUACCAAGCAGCACCCUUACAGUCCUGGCUAAAUGAAUAAGACUACAGACCAAGCCUUCUAUUUCCUAUUCUGUAUAAAACCCAUGACGGUGUCGUUCCAGCCUGCUUUUGUGAAUAUCAAUGAAGCUAAUGGAAAAAGAAAUGGUUAAAAUGCAUACAACACAAACUGGUAAUAUUGUUAUGGUUACAUUUCAAAUAUUGAUGUCUCAGUCUUGUACAUUUUCAUCCGAUUGUUCAAAACACUUGACAUAGCAGUGGAGAUUGUGUGGAUAGAUGAUUUGGAAGUUUUAUGUGGAGUCACGGACUUAGUAGCCACAUGUUUUGCAGGUAGGAGUAAUUACCAAUAGUUAAUAGCCCAGCUGGUUGUCAUUGACAAAUGAAAGAUGGCUUGGAGCAUUCUGUAUUUUUGUGUACUUGUUGCUUUUUGCAUGAUACAUGGUUGGUAGAAAUCACACUGAAAGGCAUGGUAACCAAUUCAGCCAGCUGUUUGAUUUAGAUCCAUCAGAACGAAUGAUACUAUCCACAAGUGAAGUUGGUAAAGAAGUGGGAAUGUGGUCAGACCUCUUACCUGUCACUACCUGACUAAAUCUGCCUGAGUACAUGCCUCCAAAGAAAAAUGACACAACAGCAUGUUAAAAUGUCAUUUGACAGAUUGGGUCCAAAGCAUUGCAUUGGAGCAGGUAGACCCUUGAAGAUCUAGUGAAAAUUGUGAUGAGGAAAUGUAAAAAAUGAGCGACUGUUGGAAUAAAGAACUUCAUAAUUUAAGCCUUGAAAGAUGACCAAGUACUGUCAUGGUAUUUUAGAAUAAAACUGCAGCUGGAUUUCAUUGCACAACUAACAUGAAAUAAUUAGGUAGAAAAUGACUGAGAAAUUACUGGGUUUAAAAGCCAAUAAAAUUCCCCAGACAUGCAGGACUCUUGGAGUUUUAAAAGAAGUGUCUGCAGAGAUGGUGAUACGUUAGUUUUGAUCUUCCAAAAGUCCCUGAAAGGUAGAGGCAGUCCCUGUGGUUUGGAAGGUAGAAAAUGUUAACUUUUCUAUCCAAGCAAGGAAGAAUAGAAAAAAUGUGAAAUUGUAGGUCAGUCAACCUGAUACAAUUCCUGUAGAAAAUGCUACAAUAUAGUAUUAAAGAUGUGCUAAUGGGCAUUUGUAAGAUCACAGAGAGUGAAACAUGGCUUUAGGAAACAGUAAUCCUUUUUCCUUUCAUGGGAUGUGGGCAUCAUUGGCAAGGCCAGUAUGUGUUAGUGAUCUCUAAUUGCCCUUGAACUGAGUGGCUUGCUAGGUCAUUUCAGGCAGCAGUUAAGAGUCAACUAUAUUGCAGCGUGUCGGUCAGACCGGGUAACAAUCUCCUUUCCUACAGAGUGAAUGGAAUCUGUGAUUCUAUGUGAACCAGAAGUCACGGUUGCAAUUGCUGAGAUUAGCUUUAUAUUUCAGAUGUAUUCAUUGAAUUUUGAUUCCACCAGCUGCAGUUGUGAUAUUUGAACCUGUGUUCCCAGAAAAUUAGCUUAAACCUCUAGAUUACCUGUCUAUUGACAUUGCUACUACAUCACUUCCUCCUCUUAUUGUGUUUUACAACUUUGUUAGAGGUUUUGAAAGAUAACUAGCAACAUUGCUAAAGAAGCCAGUGGAUGUAGGUUAGAAAUUUUGAUGAAGCAGUUACUAAAGUGCUGUCACAAAAAUGGUUGUUAGAAAAGAUUGGUGUUGGGGAAUUAGGAUUAAUAAAAUAAAAUAAAUUAGUGGAUAGAAAAUGGAGAUGGGCCUAUACAGAGUGGCAAACCAUAAGAUGCUGCAAGGACCAGUGCUUAGGCUUUAGCUGUUUACAAUCAGCAUCAGUGACUCGAAUGAGUGGAUCAAGUGUAAGAUAAGUUAGUUGAAAUAAAAACCAGGUGGGGGGUAAGUUUCUUAACUUUUUACUUGAGUUGCAAGGAUGAUGCAAAAGGAAUUCAACUACUAAAUAUGCAAGAAAGUGGCAGAUGGAGGAUAAUGUUCUACUUUGUAUCUACUUUGGUAGGAAGAGCAGAGAAGCCAAGUAUCUUUUUAAAUGUGAGACUAGUAAAUGUUGAUGGUCAGAGGAAUUUGAGUGUCUUUGUACAUAAAUCACAGAAUGUGAAAUGCAGGUACAAGAAGAAAUUAGAAAGGCAAAUGGUAUGUACAAGUGUAAUACAGAUAUGCAGAAAUUAUACAGGGCUUUAGGGAGACUUUACCUGAAGCAUUGAGUACAGUUUUGGUCUUGCCUAAAGAAGAAUUAUUCUCCUCUCAGAGGGAGAGCAAUGAACAUUCAUUAGUUUAAUUUUUGAGAUGAGAGGGCUGUCUUUUGUGGAGCAGUUGAGCAGACUGGGCCUUUAUUCUCUGAAGUUUGGAAAAAUGAGAAGUGUUUUGAAACUGAAAUUGUUCAAAACACUUAGAGGGCUUGACAAGAUAGAUUCUGAGUAGCUGGAGAAUCUACAACUGGGGUUCACGAUCUCAGGAUAGGUGUUUGGCCAUUUAGGAUUGAAUUGAUUAGACAUGUAUUCUUUCAUAAUACUAUGAAGAUUGAGAAAUGUCUAGCUGAGAGACCUGUUGGAUGUUCUGUUGAUGAAUGUUUACAAAGCUGGAGAAUGAUAGGUUUUGGGCACCAAGGGAUCAAGGGGAUUAGUGAGAUAAUGAAAUUGAUGUAACGUUCAGCCAUUAUCUUAUUGAAUGAUGGGGCUAACUCAAGUGGCUUUAUGGCCUGCUCUUUUUGGAGUUAUCAUUAUCAUUAGCAUUAAUCAAAUUAAAAUCUGUCUCAGUAAAGAGAAUUAGUGAGGGAUAUAAUUAGAAGCAUUUGCAUGCUCGUUGAUCAGAAAAAUGUCCAAUUUCCAGAAUUUAAGAAGAUUUUCUUAAAAUCAACUCCAGGCAAAAGACAUACAGUGUCUAUGGCGCAAGCAUGUUGAUCAGGGCAGAUGUCUAAAUUGCAGAGUUUCAAAAGAUUUUCUUAAAAUCAAACCGACACAUGUUCAUAUUGUGUCAAUGACAGCUGCAGUAACUCAACAGUAGAAAUCUUUAUUACCCAACAGUCACAAUAGCAUUUAGUUUGUUAACAUUUUAUAACAUUGGUUAUUGGUCUUAUGCUAUGGUUCAGGAGAAAAUGUUAUUACUCCAAUUUCAUUACUAAACUGAAGAAACUGCUGCACUGGAAAAGUAAUGAAAAAAAAACAACACAGCAGCAGAGAAAGGCAGGCAUUAAUAAUAAGAAAAAUGUUCCUGUGACUGCAUUGAACUUUGUCACUACCCAGCCUGAACCAAAAGAUCUCAAUAAAAUUGUUAUACAUGCUAUGAAAAGUAUACUAUGUUCUAUGCAAAUACUCAGGUACUUGUAAGUUUAGAUACCAUGACUAUUUAAUCAAGCUCUUUACAUUCAUCUGCCAAAACCAAAAUCUGACAUUUGGAGAUUUAGUUGUUUCCAAAUAAACAACUUGCAGCAUUACAGUCUACGUUUGAGUUUUGAUUUGACCAUUUAUGACAACAACUUGAAUUUGUAUAGCACCUUUAAGUUUAGUAAAAUAUCUCACAGGAUGCACCUCACAGGAACAUUAUCAGAACAACAGAAGCUGCAUGUAAUCUCUUGAAAGAAAAUUGAGCAUGUAGGAUACAAUCCACUUUUACACUUAAUACAAAAUUUUGGAUUUUUGUCAUCUGCUUUUUGGAUUGCUCUGCUGCCUUUAUGACAAUUGAUGAUCUACUUGAUUUGCACAGAAACACAGAACAGCUUUUCCUUAGUCUUCCCAUUUUUUUAAUUUAAUAACAAUGUGCCAUCAUGUUCAGCAGAUUGUGUGUGAACAUUCUGAGCUUGCCUACUUUUAACCGUUUUUCACUUGGCCGUUGUUGCAGGUAUUCCCGUGCUCUUGCAUUCCAAACAAUUUCUUAGGUAUACAAAUAGCCAUUUGUAAGAGUCAGAGUAUUGCUUUAAAAAUCACAUUUUCCUGAAGUGUGCAAAAUAAAAAGCUUUGAUUUUUUUUUCUCCAGCAAGUCUCAAAUAAUGGCUUGUUAGCUGUCUGAUUUCUGCUGAACAAGACACUUGAGGUGGGGGGGGGGGUGGGGGGGUUGGCGGUGGCGGUGGCAGCGUCUUUGCCCGUUUUCAAAAUGAUUAGUAAGACUUUAUUUUUGGAAGUACAAACACAAGACUUUGUGCUUUUGCAAUAUUUUGAAUCUGACCAAAGUAACAAAUAGGAUGAUAAAAUUCUUUUGUGGUUGCCACAUCUGAACAACAUAAUAAAAAAUUGCCACUGUCUGGGGAGGAGAGCUACUAUUAUUUGUGAACAAUAAGAUGCAAGUUUGUUAAUGGUUCUGCACUGACCCAUAUGUCAUCCUCAUCUAUUCUUUUGAUAUACCAGCAUAUUACUUAUACCUCAUCUUUUACAUCCUUGUGUAAAUAGCUUUGAGAGAUUGUGUGGUUUACUCAAAUCAGUUUCACAUUAGCAAGGAAAGUAACCUUUUUGUAUUUCUAGCUGAUUUAAAAUUAAGAUCAAUAGUAACCUUUUAAAUAUGACUGAUCAAGUCAUACAAUGAUUGUAGUAACUAAUGCUGGCAUUCAGAUGGUCUUUGUAUAACAUGCAAAUUUAACUUUUAAAAUCUGUACCACGUGGAUUGAUUAAAACAGGUAUUGCCAUUGGCAAGAUUCUCUCUACAAAACUCUAUGCAUAUUGAACUAAAACUUCUUUAAAUAAGGAUAAAGUUGUUUCCAACUUAUUCCUGUUCAUACAAAUGUAAUGUCACACUGAACUUUGGAACUUUAUCUGUCUGUGUACCUGAAAGCAGAAUUUACCAAGUGUCAAUUUAAAACAGGUUACUGCUGUGUCAUUUCUAGAGCUACUCUUUCCAUGGAAGUUUAUGGUUGCAACUUGAAAAGACAAUUAAUCACUAACACCACUUGUCAAACUGAGUGUGAUGAUGCUGUAAGAAUAUGAACAUUACUGUUAACUGCCUUUAUAUCAAAUGUACACACUUUUUGUAUUCUUUAAUCCAGUUGAAAUAAAGUGUUAGGGAAAAUA